AUGCUCGUGGCUUGCUGCAAGUGGGAAUGGCUUCCAGCCACUGCCUGGGGUCGGCUGAUUGCUGAAUUUCGUGGCACAUGUGGCGGAUCAUUGGUGUCAGCGAGGCGCGUGCUUGGAGGAGGUGUCGGCGAAGAGCUCGACGAGCGCUGCAGAGGAUUAGCCGGAAGCGCCGUGCAGACGCUGUACAGGGCCCUGGUGAGGAUGCACAGCCCGAGGGCUUAUCAGGUGCAUCAUCAGCAGAGGAGUGUGCUUGUCUUUUGGCAGAGUGGAAACAUCAACACCAGGGCCUUCCAGCGAAGUGUGUUCUGGGUGAGCUCUUGGGGUGCUCUGGGCCUUCUCUUGAAGGGGACCUUCUUCGAGUGGGACUGGAAAAUCUUGUGUGGAGAGCGCUUGAUGUGCUUUCGCUCUGCAGUGGACAUUUGUGCAGGCCAGCAGAAAGAGGUCGGAGAGGUCGUGCAGAUCCAGGGCAGUGCUGUGCAGGGAUCCCCCGAGCCUGCUGGGGUGCAGGUGGACUUAGGCAGAGGCAAGCAGAAACCCGAGAAGCCAGCGCAGGACGCUCGCACCCCAAUCCCAACCCGCAUUGUGGUGAAGGCCAGCUCGGCAGCGAACUCCCGAAGUGACCAGCCCAUCCAGCCCAUGGAUGUGACGCUCCUGCCAAGCGCUGUUCCAGCCGUUCAGGUCGCACAGGAGAUCCCAGCACGCAGCGUCAUCCGGCCCAUAAUUUCCCCACCUGGCAAUGGGCCCAGGGCGCAGCGUGAAAAUCGUGAGAGGUCCUUUCAGCGGGAGGCGCCGGCAGGACCGCAGUUGCCGGCACAGGCGGCGAGAAGCGCGGCCCGCGGGGCGCGAGCAGCUCCCCGGCUGGCCCAGCGUGCGGCGCAGAAUGCCAUGCAGAGAUCUCAGGGUCAAGUUGAGUGGAUGCAGACGGCAGCCCAGCUGCGAGAGCUGAGCCGCAACCAGGAGCAUGGCACACAACCGUUGCUCCCUGGGGCCUCUGUGAGCGACCUCAAAGCAGAACGGAGUCAACUCCGCAAAGGCCGCGGUGAGCCCGCGCCUGGUCGUGGUGGGCGUGGUGCCCAGGGCGUCCAACGCCCGCCACGUGCGACGCAGCUGUUAUAG